AUGAGCAUCGACGGCGACGGCAUCGAAAUCAUCGAGCCCCCCCUGUUCCAGCACGCACAGCCGGCUAAUGUAAACAACGCUCCGCUGCAUCAGAAUUACCCGAACCUCGCGCAAGUGCAGACACCGCCACUGCCUGGCCCGUUCUCACCUGCCUUCCAGCCACCCGCCGCUUUCGAUCAGCAUGCCGCCCCCGAACCGCCCAUCGACCAGGAUGAGCAGGACCCAGACGCCCCUGACGUUCCAGACGAUGCUCCGGCAAGUGGGAUCGACUGGGCAAACGUCGAGUUUACCGCGGAACCCGAAGGCGGCUGGAGAAAGAUCCAAUUCCUCACGCCAGACGGCCUCUUCGAAGGCCAGUCAGAAGCCCAGCUAACUCAGUGGAAAGCCCUCGCCGCGAACGCAAACUGCGUUAUGAUCUGGUUUGCGAUGCACGGCGCGUGCGACAAAGAUCCGGAAUGCUGGUCGAGAGUUCAACUACUGAUGGAACUGCUGAAGUACCGCUUCGAAGUAAAGGACAAGCCCCUCCUCGCCCCCGAACCAGCCCCUGGGAGACGAUCAUCCCUCUUCACCGCCCCCUGGUGCUUCCUCCUCCCGAACGUCACAGAUCUGCAGCUCGCCGUCCUGGUGAGCCAGGGAUGGUGCUCGUCACGCUACCUCACCGUCCAUUUCGCCCGCUUCCCGCCGCCGCCCCCCGACCUCCUUGUAACCCUAGACGCCUCACUGGCCUUCAUGACAGACGACCCGGUGGCGGCGAGAAGGAUCGUUGUCGCCACCUUCCGCCGCGAGCCCCUGUACUCGGCUACGAUCGACGCGAUCAAGGACGACAAGGCAGCUGGCGCCAAAGGAAAGUGGGGCAAUACCCCGGUCAUGACCGCUUGGCGCACGAUCGUCGACUCCAUCGACGUACGCGUCUUCCCACGUAAACUCGAGAAAGGCUCCCCCAACCCUCUCUUCAUUGUCUACUGCGAACCCCCGACGGCGAUCACACGUAACUGGCUAACCUUCCGCGACGCGGUCCGCCGCCAACCCUUCCGCACGGAGGGCGGCUGCCCGGCCAUUGUGUUCACCGGCGAGCUCCAGUGUAAGCUCUGCCACUCGAUGGAUCACAAGGUGGGCCUCUGCGACCUCGUCCAUCUGAACGACUGGUUCGGCCCGCGACCAGCAGAAGACGACUCCCAGCCGAAGCCCACACCCGCUCGUGGUGGGAACGGCCACGGCAAAGGGAAAAGGAACGGGGGACCGGGUAACGAUCGCAACAGGCCUCGCAACAACAACGCGAAGGCCAGCGGCAGCGGCCAGCGUAUCGAUGCGUCUACGCACGCCGCCCUUGCUCGCGAGACGGCCAAAAAGUGGUACGGCAAGAAGUAG